AUGGAGGACACUUUACUCAACACUGAGAAUAAAGUGGCAUUCAGAGCAUGGGUGGAGGCAACUGGCAUCAGGCUCGUGCAAGUCAACGGCCAAAGAAAGUAUGGUGGACCCCCUCCAGGUUGGACUGGUCCACCCCCUUCAUCUGGCUCUGAGGUCUUCAUCAGCAGAUUACCGCAAGAUCUCUACGAGGAUAAACUAAUUCCACUGUUUCAGUCGGCCGGGCAGCUGUACGAGUUCCGUCUGAUGAUGACCUUCAGCGGUGAGAACCGUAGCUUUGCCUAUGCCAGGUACGCCAGUCGCUGGCAUGCCCAAUGUGCUAUCAACAUGUUCAACGGCUAUCAGAUCGAGAAUGGCUGCCCCAUCACAGUGUGCAGGAGCACUGAGAAGAAUGAGCUGUACAUGGGCGGUAUCCCUAACGGAAGGCAGAGGGUGGCGGUUAUAUCGGUGCUGAGGGAGCUGACCAGUGGAGUGGCUGAUGUCACCCUCUGCCCUGAAACGAGCAGGACCAUGUACGCUGUGGUCAAGUAUGAAGAUCACCGGUCAGCAGCCUUGGCCAAGAAAAACCUGGUGCAAAGUUGUAUUGAACUGUGGGGUCAUGCGAUUGAAGUUGACUGGAUGAAGUCAGAUAAUAAGCAAAGACGCAGCAGGAUGGUUCGAGCCGAAACACAGCUGCCAUCACCAUUAUUGCCACAGCCGGCAUCGAGCCUGGUGGUCUCGGCACCAGCGCUGGACAACACUAAAUUCUCUUUGCCCAAUAUUGACCAGGUGUCCUCUGAUUACAGUCCUGUCAAUCCAAACAGCAAUACGAUUGGACUUCCCGCCUAUUUUAAUGGGACAGUGAAUGUAAUGCUCUAUGAUCUGGUUGCCAACAGAGACUUGCCCAAACAAAAGGCUGCACAAGAGGUGCUGCAGCAUCUAGGUCGCUCUGAGAAUAUCGAUGCCUUUCAAGUAAUUUGACUGAAGAGAAGCCGUUCUGAAAAC